CCAAACAUGCUUGCCAGGCAGGUUACUCGUCUGGGAUUGCAUAGGUACCAAGGAUGCCGUAAUACAUUGAUUUUAGAACAAGUAUCGAGGUCAAUGAGCAAGUAUGAUCCCCCGGAGGAAGAGAUCCAAAAACCUAAACCGCAGUUAAAGCAGUGGCGAAGAGAGUGGGACGAUGGAAGUUAUAGGUUACAAACAAAAUUCAAAGUUUGGGACCGCACAGGCAAAGUUGAAGGACCCACGAUGGAGAAGGUGGUAGCGUUGACGCAACCCUGGGACUUGAGCGCAGAUGGGAUAAAGAAAUGGUGGAAUCAAAAGAAGAUAGAAGCAGAAAAGGAGGACCAGAAAUUCAUAAAACAGAGACACGAAAUUCUUGGUUCCAAUUUGGCCACCGGUCAUUUUCUGGUCUUUCGCGGAGCCAAAGUUAAGUUUUUGGGGCAACCUGGGUGGACGGAAAGAGACGAGAAAGGAAAUUACAAUUUGCCGACAUCCUACGUGCCGGAUUUCGUAGUGGAAGCGAUCGACAUAAAUGGAAUGAAUCUUUACUACGAAGGAUUGGAUAACAUGCGCUUCCUCAACGAACUCAAAUGGCUAAGCCUUAAAGGCUGCAAGACAAUCGAUGACUGGUGCUUGGAUAAGAUGUCGAGCUAUUACCCAAAUCUGGAAUAUCUGGAUAUAUCGGAUUGUGAAAAAGUAACCGAACGUGGACUCGAAGCUCUGUACAGGAUACACUCUCUCAAGAAAUUGAUCGUUACUAACCACCACGUUUCCCCAGCCUUUGAAUUGACCUGCAUGAUGUUGGAGGAUUGCUCUUCGCAACUAAAAGUCGACAUGAGACUACCCGCGGAGAAGGAUUCUGUGCCUGCAGAAGCCCAAACCUAAACGUAUCGACACUAAUCUAGCUUAGACUUAAAUUUAACUGGGAAUGAGUGUAACUUAUUAUAUCGAUGAGGAUUAAAAGAUAAAAUUCA